UCACCUGACGCAACAGCGCGAGCUUCAUGUGGUCAGUGCCGCCUGUCAAUCAACGAACUCACCACGUGGUCGAUAAUAACACGGGUGGGCUCGCGGGGGCGGACUGUCAGCGGCCGUUAGUCGCGCGUGGACGAAGCCCAGCAAUGACUCAACUCGCCGGUUUAAACGUUAAAUCGGUUGUUUUUAGGAGUUUAACGGCGUCGGUGUGACACAACCGGAGCUCGACGGGUUGACCUUUGGCUGUCGCCGCCGCGUCGUAGCGCGAGAGACCCGGAGGAGCCCGCGGCCAGCUAGCGGCGGCAACCGAGACGGGCGUUAGCUUCGGUUAGCUUCGGUUAGCUUCGUAGCGGUUAGCCACCAGGAAGAAGAGUCGCCGCCGGACGAGGAGAGCCUGUCCGCGGUCAUGGCUGCUCUCGGAAACUCGGGGGCCGUCUCCAGUCCCAUGGUGAUCCUGGCGCCCAAGACUAAAACAAAAAAGAAGCACUUCGUCCAGCAGAAGGUGAAGGUGUUCCGAGCCAGCGACCCCGUCCUCAGCGUCUUCAUGUGGGGCGUCAAUCACUCGAUCAAUGAUCUCAACCAGGUGCCGGUUCCCGUCAUGCUGCUGCCGGACGACUUCAAAGCAAACACCAAGAUCAAAGUCAACAACCACCUCUUCAACAAAGAAAAUCUUCCAGGACAUUUCAAGUUCAAAGAAUACUGUCCUCAGGUCUUCCGAAAUCUAAGGGAACGGUUUGGGAUUGAGGAUCUGGACUAUCAGGUUUCGUUGACCCGCAGCCCGCCGAUGAGGAGCGUCGACGACCAGGGAGAGGGUCUCCUCCUCAACUCCUACGACCGUACGCUGGUCAUCAAGCAGAUCUCCAGCGAGGACGUCGCAGACAUGCAUAGCAUCCUGUCUGAGUAUCACCAGCACAUAGUGAAGUGUCACGGUAGCACCCUGCUGCCACAGUUCCUGGGUAUGUACCGUGUGAGCGUGGACAAUGAGGAGACCUACCUGAUCGUCAUGAGGAACAUGUUCAGCCACAGACUGGUGGUGCACAGGAAGUACGACCUGAAGGGAUCUCUGGUGGCUCGGGAAGCAAGUGACAAAGAAAGGGGAAAAGAGCUUCCGACCUUCAAGGACAUGGACUUCAGGAACAACAUGCAGAAGGUGUAUGUGACCGAGGAGCAGAAGGAGAAGUUCAUGGAGAAACUGAACAGAGACGUGGAGUUUCUGGUGAGGCUGAAGAUCAUGGACUACAGCCUGCUGCUCGGCAUUCACGACGUGGGUCGAGCAGAACGGGAGGAGGAUGAGGGCGAGGAGGUUUCAAACGAGGAAGAACCGGAGGCGGAGAACGGCCUGGCAGCGGGCGCUACGGUGGGCUCGUACGGCACAUCUCCAGAGGGAAUCGCCGGUUACAUGUCCGCCUGCAAGCCUCUGGGGCCCGGAGAGUUCGACCCAUACGUGGACGUGUACGCGGUCGGGAGCUGCGCAGGAGCCCCUCAGAGGGAGGUCUAUUUCAUGGGCCUGAUUGACGUACUCACUCAGUACGACACGAAGAAGAAAGCCGCUCAUGCAGCAAAAACUGUCAAACACGGGGCUGGUGCUGAAAUCUCCACAGUCCACCCCGAGCAGUAUGCCAAACGGUUCCGCGACUUCAUCUCAAACAUCUUUGCGUAACACUGCCAUACGUUGAUCCAACUGAGAGCUAAAAGUCUACUUUACCUUUGACCAAAAAUAGUAUGCACACACAGAUCGUCGUUUUAAACGUGGUGAUCUGAGGCGACACUACUUACGUUGUAGCAAUAUAAUGUACUACUUCUGAUGCAUAUAUUUAUUUUUAAGAUUUAAGAAGCAUUUCUUCUAGAUAUUAAGCACUCUUAACGGAAUAACUCUGGAGUUGUAGCGUACACAGAAACAAACUGCUGUUGAUCAGUGUUCAAAGACCACGUCAGUGCGAGAUCAAAGAUUGAUUUUAUCUUUUGCCUGGUUGCAGGCGUGAACUAAACUUACAGGAAGAGUUUGACAUGUUGGGCUCAUUCGCUUUCUUUCCAAAAGUUACAUGAGAAGAUUUGUUCCACUCGCGUGUCUGUGUGUGUCUGUGUGUGUGUCUGUGUGUGUGUCUGUGUGUGUGUUUAAGGCAUCCUGUGGAGUUUUUGACCUCUAGUAACACUAUGAAACUCAUACACAGUCCUUCCAUUCACCAUUGAUCCACAGGUGGCUGUAUGUGAUAAGAUCUGCAGCAAUCUGCCAACAGUGACGACUGUGUGUCAGUAAACAUGGAUGCAAACAAUUCUGGAUUUAAAAUACAUCCUGAAUUUUAAUAAACAUGUUUACAGCCUGGUACAAUACACAGUUUUGGUCUUUAUAGCCAAAUUCUCAGCUCAUGACGACUGUAAGAGGAGUGUAUUUUUAUAUAACUCACUCAUUUAGAUCAUAUUAGGGUUUAAAAUAUGCAUAAUUAAAGGCACCUUUUUAAAGACAAAGACUAGUUAGUGUAGAUAGUGGAAACUGGGAGAAACAGCCAGCCUGGUUUCUGUCCAACAGUAACAAUCCUCCUGCCAGCAGCUCUACAGACGCUUUCUGUGAGGAUGUGCACGACAUGUUGUUUCUGCACAGAUUGCACAACUGACAAACGAUCAUUAAUCAGCGAGCGUUAGAGGUGCUUGUAGGUUGUUACCUUUUAGACAGAGCCAGUCUUUCUGCCCGCCCCCCCAAUCUAACUGGCUGCAGGCUGUAGCUUUGUAUUAGCAUCGAUCUAACUGUCGGUAAGAAAGCGAAUAAGCGUGUUUUCUCAAAAUGUCAAACUAUUCCUUAAAUCUUAGAAUAAUGCUUUCAUGGAGAUGGGUAUUAAAAAUAAUGCGAGUCUAGACUCUUAUUAAUAUUAUUUAUCUGUUGAAGCAGGCCAUUUGAAUGUUUAGAGUGCCAAAUGUGUGGGAUCAGAGCUUUAUCCUAUCAGGAUUUGCACUUUGCAUAAAAUUAAAUCAAAUCGGUUAAAAGAAACACAAUUUGAAUGGAUCAAAUCCUGUUUUCCACCAAAGUUUAUUCUAAAUUUUAAAGAAAACGUACAGAACAGCCUUGUCAGUGUGGUAUUUCAAUAGAAAGCACGUCAUAUUAUUUAGCCUGUAAACAUUGUUAGCAGCCCUGCAUCUCCUAGUUACCACAGCCUGUAAAGGGAAUGUGGGGUGGCUGACCUUGGAGCGAUUCCUUCACCCACAGAGCUCGGCCCGCAGUAAUGAAGUGACUCGUCCAACUUUUAGGAUCAGUCCUGCCUUUUUCUUUUUUAAUGAAAAACGUCAACGUGUCGACACCAAAACACUUGUGAAAAUGAGCCCAUCCAUCGUUAUUCUGGACUCCUUUUUGAACACGGUGCAGUGUUUUUGUGCAUUAAAAUGGCAAACGUGCGCUCUGUGAAUCAUUGUGAUAGGAUAAGAUAUAGAAGAAUCGUAGAGCAGUAGAACUAGGAAACUGUUGUCUGUGUAUUGUAAUGACAUUUGAGAUUUAGUGAUAACCAGGUUACUGUGUAAAACGAUGUUGACAGUAACACUACAUUUCAGUAGCUUAUGCAGUUAGCCUUAACACAGUGAUAUGAUAGCGCUUUCUGAAACACUGGCCAGGCAGCGUAGAUACAGAACAACACUCUGUACGAUGCCUGUUCUACUCGAUGAUUGCACAAGUUGUAUUUUUGCAAAUCAGCUUUUGGACCAAAAUAUAUUUUACAAAGAA